GCCAACUAUAAUCAAUCAGAUCACUCAUGGGCGCAUCAUAAACAAGCCUACUGAGGAAGUGACUACUGCAUUGGUUGAAUAGUUCUUGUCUGUUUAUAGCAUAUAGGGGGUGGGGGUUCAAGGGAUAUAAAACCCAAACCCAGCAUUACACACACACACCACAUCAGGGUCACCUGAAAUUAGUAUAACAAGCACACAAAAAAAUGACUUAUGAUAAGGGUUCAUUUGAGGACGGGGAUCUUUUCUUUGGCUUUGAUAACUACUCAGACCUGGAGAGUCCUAACAACAGUAGCGGUGAUACUGAGUACACCUGUAAUGAUGGAGCAGGUCUCCAGCUGUUUCAUACUGUGUUCCAACCCCUGGUCUACAGCCUGGUGUUCUUCCUGGGGCUGACAGGUAACGGGCUGAUGUUAACGGUGCUGCUGAAACGCCGUGGCCUCCUGCGGAUCACAGAGAUCUAUCUGUUACACCUGGGCCUGGCUGAUCUGAUGCUGCUAGCCACCUUCCCCUUCGCGCUGGCACAGGUGUCCUUUGGGGUGGUGUUUGGAGACGUCCUGUGUAAGCUGAUUGGGCUGUUGAACCGACUCAACUUCCUUUGUGGGAGUCUCCUCCUGGCAUGUAUCGGCUUCGACCGUUACCUGGCCAUCGUGCAUGCCAUCACCAGCCUCCAGAGCCGACGCCCCAGGAACGUCCACCUCACCUGCCUGGCACUGUGGCUCGUUUGUCUGGCCCUGUCUGUCCCCAAUGCUGUGUUCCUGUCUGUAGGGGAGAGUCCCAUAGACCCGACUCAGCUCUCAUGCUUCUUCCACAGUCACGGUCUCCAUGCAAACAACUGGGAUCUGACGGAGAGGCUCCUGACCCACGUGCUGUGUUUCUUCCUGCCUCUCGGGGUCAUGACCUACUGCUACGCUGCUGUGGCGAUCACCCUGCACCAUAGCCAGAGAGGUCAGCGCAGCCUGGAGAAAGAGGGAGCCAUCAGGCUGGCUGCACUAGUAACUGCUGUGUUUUGCCUGUGCUGGCUGCCCUACAACAUCACCAUGCUGGUGAAGACCUUGGUGGAUCGAGGGUUGGACUCUGGUUUGAGCUGCCAGUCCCGGACUAGUUUGGAUAAGGCCUUGGUGGUGACAGAGAGCCUGGGGUACACACACUGCUGCCUCAACCCACUGCUGUACGCCUUCACUGGGGUACGGUUUCGGCAGGAUCUCCUGAGACUGCUGGCCCACUGAGGGGUGUACUCAGAGGAGACGGGAGUAGGGCGUCAGCGUCCGUUCUCUAAAGGAUUCACCGCCACAACCACUAAAAUCCUCAUGUGACCAACAUAUUUUCCUGUUACAACUCAGGUGAAAUGUGUCUUACACAUAGUUUCUUUAAAGGGAUACUGACGGUUAAAUCUGAUCUUUGAAUUAAUUAUGAGUAAAAGUAUUGUAUUUUCAGCUUACAAAUGGAUUUUACUGUUACAACUAAGAGCUGGGGGGGGGGGUUACUGUUAGAGCUUGGAAUCAUUAAUCAACCUUCUGUAUGUCUAACCCCUCUUUAUGGGGCUGGGAAUCAUUAAUCAACCUUCUGUAUGUCUAACCUCUCUUUAUGGGGCUGGGAAUCAUUAAUCAACCUUCUGUAUGUCUAACCCCUCUUUAUGGGGCUGGGAAUCAUUAAUCAACCUUCUGUAUGUCUAACCUCUCUUUAUGGGGCUGGGAAUCAUUAAUCAACCUUCUGUAUGUCUAACCCCUCUUUAUGGGGCUGGGAAUCAUUAAUCAACCUUCUGUAUGUCUAACCCCUCUUUAUGGGCCUGGGAAUCAUUAAUCAACCUUCUGUAUGUCUAACCCCUCUUUAUGGGGCUGGGAAUCAUUAAUCAACCUUCUGUAUGUCUAACCUCUCUUUAUGGGGCUGGGAAUCAUUAAUCAACCUUCUGUAUGUCUAACCUCUCUUUAUGGGGCUGGGAAUCAUUAAUCAACCUUCUGUAUGUCUAACCCCUCUUUAUGGGGCUGGGAAUCAUUAAUCAACCUUCUGUAUGUCUAACCCCUCUUUAAGGGGCUGGGAAUCAUUAAUCAACCUUCUGUAUGUCUAACCCCUCUUUAUGGGGCUGGGAAUCAUUAAUCAACCUUCUGUAUGUCUAACCUCUCUUUAUGGGGCUGGGAAUCAUUAAUCAACCUUCUGUAUGUCUAACCUCUCUUUAUGGGGCUGGGAAUCAUUAAUCAACCUUCUGUAUGUCUAACCUCUCUUUAUGGGGCUGGGAAUCAUUAAUCAACCUUCUGUAUGUCUAACCCCUCUUUAUGGGGCUGGGAAUCAUUAAUCAACCUUCUGUAUGUCUAACCUCUCUUUAUGGGGCUGGGAAUCAUUAAUCAACCUUCUGUAUGUCUAACCUCUCUUUAUGGGGCUGGGAAUCAUUAAUCAACCUUCUGUAUGUCUAAUCUCUCUUUAUGGGGCUGGGAAUCAUUAAUCAACCUUCUGUAUGUCUAACCCCUCUUUAUGGGGCUGGGAAUCAUUAAUCAACCUUCUGUAUGUCUAACCCCUCUUUAUGGGGCUGGGAAUCAUUAAUCAACCUUCUGUAUGUCUAACCUCUCUUUAUGGGGCUGGGAAUCAUUAAUCAACCUUCUGUAUGUCUAACCCCUCUUUAUGGGGCUGGGAAUCAUUAAUCAACCUUCUGUAUGUCUAACCCCUCUUUAUGGGGCUGGGAAUCAUUAAUCAACCUUCUGUAUGUCUAACCCCUCUUUAUGGGGCUGGGAAUCAUUAAUCAACCUUCUGUAUGUCUAACCUCUCUUUAUGGGGCUGGGAAUCAUUAAUCAACCUUCUGUAUGUCUAACCUCUCUUUAUGGGGCUGGGAAUCAUUAAUCAACCUUCUGUAUGUCUAACCUCUCUUUAUGGGGCUGGGAAUCAUUAAUCAACCUUCUGUAUGUCUAACCCCUCUUUAUGGGGCUGGGAAUCAUUAAUCAACCUUCUGUAUGUCUAACCCCUCUUUAUGGGGCUGGGAAUCAUUAAUCAACCUUCUGUAUGUCUAACCCCUCUUUAUGGGGCUGGGAAUCAUUAAUCAACCUUCUGUAUGUCUAACCCCUCUUUAUGGGGCUGGGAAUCAUUAAUCAACCUUCUGUAUGUCUAACCUCUCUUUAUGGGGCUGGGAAUCAUUAAUCAACCUUCUGUAUGUCUAACCUCUCUUUAUGGGGCUGGGAAUCAUUAAUCAACCUUCUGUAUGUCUAACCUCUCUUUAUGGGGCUGGGAAUCAUUAAUCAACCUUCUGUAUGUCUAACCUCUCUUUAUGGGGCUGGGAAUCAUUAAUCAACCUUCUGUAUGUCUAACCUCUCUUUAUGGGGCUGGGAAUCAUUAAUCAACCUUCUGUAUGUCUAACCCCUCUUUAUGGGGCUGGGAAUCAUUAAUCAACCUUCUGUAUGUCUAACCUCUCUUUAUGGGGCUGGGAAUCAUUAAUCAACCUUCUGUAUGUCUAACCUCUCUUUAUGGGGCUGGGAAUCAUUAAUCAACCUUCUGUAUGUCUAACCUCUCUUUAUGGGGCUGGGAAUCAUUAAUCAACCUUCUGUAUGUCUAACCUCUCUUUAUGGGGCUGGGAAUCAUUAAUCAACCUUCUGUAUGUCUAACCUCUCUUUAUGGGGCUGGGAAUCAUUAAUCAACCUUCUGUAUGUCUAACCCCUCUUUAUGGGGCUGGGAAUCAUUAAUCAACCUUCUGUAUGUCUAACCCCUCUUUAUGGGGCUGGGAAUCAUUAAUCAACCUUCUGUAUGUCUAACCUCUCUUUAUGGGGCUGGGAAUCAUUAAUCAACCUUCUGUAUGUCUAACCCCUCUUUAUGGGGCUGGGAAUCAUUAAUCAACCUUCUGUAUGUCUAACCCCUCUUUAUGGGGCUGGGAAUCAUUAAUCAACCUUCUGUAUGUCUAACCCCUCUUUAUGGGGCUGGGAAUCAUUAAUCAACCUUCUGUAUGUCUAACCCCUCUUUAUGGGGCUGGGAAUCAUUAAUCAACCUUCUGUAUGUCUAACCUCUCUUUAUGGGGCUGGGAAUCAUUAAUCAACCUUCUGUAUGUCUAACCUCUCUUUAUGGGGCUGGGAAUCAUUAAUCAACCUUCUGUAUGUCUAACCUCUCUUUAUGGGGCUGGGAAUCAUUAAUCAACCUUCUGUAUGUCUAACCCCUCUUUAUGGGGCUGGGAAUCAUUAAUCAACCUUCUGUAUGUCUAACCUCUCUUUAUGGGGCUGGGAAUCAUUAAUCAACCUUCUGUAUGUCUAACCCCUCUUUAUGGGGCUGGGAAUCAUUAAUCAACCUUCUGUAUGUCUAACCUCUCUUUAUGGGGCUGGGAAUCAUUAAUCAACCUUCUGUAUGUCUAACCUCUCUUUAUGGGGCUGGGAAUCAUUAAUCAACCUUCUGUAUGUCUAACCUCUCUUUAUGGGGCUGGGAAUCAUUAAUCAACCUUCUGUAUGUCUAACCUCUCUUUAUGGGGCUGGGAAUCAUUAAUCAACCUUCUGUAUGUCUAACCUCUCUUUAUGGGGCUGGGAAUCAUUAAUCAACCUUCUGUAUGUCUAACCUCUCUUUAUGGGGCUGGGAAUCAUUAAUCAACCUUCUGUAUGUCUAACCUCUCUUUAUGGGGCUGGGAAUCAUUAAUCAACCUUCUGUAUGUCUAACCUCUCUUUAUGGGGCUGGGAAUCAUUAAUCAACCUUCUGUAUGUCUAACCUCUCUUUAUGGGGCUGGGAAUCAUUAAUCAACCUUCUGUAUGUCUAACCUCUCUUUAUGGGGCUGGGAAUCAUUAAUCAACCUUCUGUAUGUCUAACCUCUCUUUAUGGGGCUGGGAAUCAUUAAUCAACCUUCUGUAUGUCUAACCCCUCUUUAUGGAGUUGUGACAACAUAUUCACCUGCUUGUGCAAGCCUGGUGUAUAUACUGAUAUACGGAGUCUUCCUUGAUUGCAUGCAAUAACCCAAUGUGUGACAAACGCUUGUGCUUAUAAACGUCUAUUUGUCUCCCAGAUAGCGUAUAAACGUCUAUUUGUGUCCCAGAUAGCGUAUAAACGUCUAUUUGUGUCCCAGAUAGCGCAUAAACGUCUAUUUGUCUCCCAGAUAGCGUAUAAACGUCUAUUUGUCUCCCAGAUAGCGUAUAAACGUCUAUUUGUGUCCCAGAUAGCGUAUAAACGUCUAUUUGUCUCCCAGAUAGCGUAUAAACGUCUAUUUGUCUCCCAGAUAGCGUAUAAACGUCUAUUUGUGUCCCAGAUAGCGUAUAAACGUCUAUUUGUCUCCCAGAUAGCGUAUAAACGUCUAUUUGUGUCCCAGAUAGCGUAUAAACGUCUAUUUGUGUCCCAGAUAGCGUGUAAACGUCUAUUUGUGUCCCAGAUAGCGUAUAAACGUCUAUUUGUCUCCCAGAUAGCGUAUAAACGUCUAUUUGUGUCCCAGAUAGCGUAUAAACGUCUAUUUGUGUGCAAGAUAGCGUAUAAACGUCUAUUUGUCUCCCAGAUAGCGUAUAAACGUCUAUUUGUGUUCAGGAUAGUUUUCUGAAAGUGUGAAAGUGUAAUAUUGUUCUUUAGCCAGUAGGCCUGGAUUGCCAAUUACUUGACUGUAUGUGAAAUGUAUUGAACUUUUUUUUUUUUUACAAAUAAAAUAUGAUUGAGUGCUUGCCAAUGUUGUUCACACCAGCCAAUCUUUAUCCUUCUACCACUCAUCAGAUCAGUGACUACUUUGUAUAAACUACUAUGUCUAAAGUAGAUACUGUGUCUAAAGUAUAAACUACUGUGUCUAUAAGUAUAAACUACUGUGUCUAUAAGUAUAAACUACUGUGUGUCACGUCUGCUCCCGCUCUUUCCUUCCCCUGGCGCUUGAGGGCGCCAGAUUACCCUGCAUCACAAGCUCCUGCCAUCAUCACUCACACCUGCCCUCCCUCGUCACUCGCUUCAGCGUUAUUGGACUCACCUGGACUCACCUAUCACCUGUUAUUUCCUCCCCUAUAUUUGUCAGUUCCCCAGCUCUGUUCCCCGCUGCUGCAUUGUAUUGUUUUUGUCUUUUGAAUUUGUUUGCUGACGCUGUUCCUGUCUCGUCUCUGUCCGUUAUAAUGAAAUGUUUUUUUCUGCCCGUACCUGCUUCGUCUCUCCAGCGUCAUUCCGCGUGACAAUGUGUCUAAAACAUAAACUAACGUGUCUAGAAGUAUAAACUAGUUUUUCUAGAAGUUUAAACAACUGUAUCUAAAAGUUUAAACAACUGUGUCUAUAAGUAAAAACUACUGUGUCUAUAAGUAAAAACUACUGUGUCUAAAAGUAAAAACUACAGUAAAUAAAAGUAUAAAUUACUGUGUCUAGAAGUAUGAACUACAGUAAAUAGAAGUAUGAACUACUGUGUCCAAAAGUAUAAACUACUGUGUCUAAAGUAUAAAAAAAAGUGUAUAAAAGUAUAAGUUACUGGGUCUAAAGUAAAAACUAUUGUGUCUGGAAGCAUAAAACACUGUUUCUAGAGUAUAAACUACUGUUUCUAGAGAAUAAACUACUGUUUCUAGAAGUAUAAACUACUGUUUCUAGAGUAUAAACUACUGUCUCUAAAAGUAUAAAAUACUGUGUCUAGAAGUAUAAAAUACUGUGUCUAGAAGUAUAAACUACUGUGUCUAGAAGUAUAAACUACUGUGUCUAGAAGAAUAAUCUACUG